CAUCAUGGUGGUUGGGGCGCGCCAGCCCAGAGUGACGAUGACAUUAAUUCUAUGCGGAGGAAUGAAAUGUGAGCGUGGGGUGCUCUAUGGGGUCAUAUCUCAGCUGCUGAUCUCCAGUGCCAACCAACAACCUCCAAGUCAAGUUGGCCUACGGUACGUGGUAGAGCAUUAUCAUCAUCCCCAUCGCUUUCGUCGAAGUCGACACCGAGGUCUUUGUUCGACACGCAGUCGAAGGAGGUGAGAGUUCCAUCGCCUUAAAGCACACCGCGAUCAUCUCUUGGGGUUCUCCUUGAAGAAACUUUUCCUUGGGAGGUCAACACCGCCGAUUCAGUCAUCAAUUGGAUGUGGGCGUUGUUAGUUCUCCGAGAGAAUCAAUAGUGAGGCGCCCAAUCCGUUGUGCCAAAACCAAUUAGUGGGAUUAAUUAGUGCAAUCACUUGACAGCUAGCUUCCGUGGCAUCAUCAUCAUCCUCUGAAUUCGUGGAGGAGGGCCGAAAUGGCCAUGAAAGAUUAAUCGGACACACAAGGAGAUUAUAAUGACUCACUUUGAGGCGAGAGAUGCUCAUUAUAACGAUGAGAGAUGCCGAAUGUGUGUGUGCACAUGAUUAUUCAUCAGGCUCAUUAAGACCAAUUCGAACAAAAAUGGAUGGCCACACGUGAUUCUGGCACUGUCAGAAGUGUUCUCUCCAACAUCUAAAUGUAGAGUCCAGUUCCAAAACGCUUGGUCUUUUCUAAAUGGUGAUCGCAGAGUUUGACAACAUGUCCGGCUCAUUUAAUCUGAGGCCUUUCUUUGGCGGAUACCCGUUCCAAGGUCAAGGACGCGUCAAUCAAUUGGGUGGAGUGUUCAUCAAUGGUCGUCCUCUCCCCAAUCAUAUUAGAUUGAAGAUCAUCGAGAUGGCAGCCGCCGGGGUUCGACCCUGUGUCAUUUCACGGCAACUUCGAGUCAGCCAUGGUUGUGUGUCCAAGAUCUUAAACCGAUACCAGGAGACAGGUUCGAUUCGACCCGGGGUGAUUGGUGGGUCGAAGCCCCGCGUGGCCACGCCCGAUGUCGAGAGCCGGAUUGAAGAUUACAAGAAGGAGAAUCCAGGUAUCUUCAGCUGGGAAAUCAGGGAUCGUCUUAUCAAGGACGGUCUUUGCGACCGUUCCAAUGCGCCUUCGGUGUCGUCCAUAUCGAGGAUUUUAAGGGGUUCUGGACACAUAGUCCAAUCCACCAUUCCUCCCCGACAUUUUGAAACGGAGGAAAUGCGCAGCAGAGACCAUAGUAUCCAUGGGAUUUUAGGAGCUCACGAGGAAGAUGACAGUGACGUGGAUAGUGAACCGGGCAUCCCAUUAAAGAGAAAGCAACGACGAAGCCGAACCACAUUUAGCGCCGAGCAGAUCGAAGAGCUUGAAAGGGCCUUUGAGCGCACUCAAUAUCCAGAUGUUUACACUCGAGAAGAAUUGGCACAACGGACCAAAUUGAGUGAAGCCAGAGUUCAGGUUUGGUUCAGCAAUAGACGAGCUCGGUGGCGGAAGCAAGUGGGAAACCAACAAGCCGCUUUAACAGCCUUUUCGGCCUCAGCCGUGGCUGCAGCCGCCGCAGCCUCGGUCAGUGGUUAUUCGGGAGCAACGGGAAAUGCACCAACGGUGUCGGCUGGAUACCAUUCACUUCAUGAUUCUUCGACACUCAAUCCUCACGGAGGCGCUUCUUGGACCAACAAUUUCUUUCCCCAUCAACAAAACCCGUCAGCCAUGUCUAUGUCAUCAUCAUUUGCGCCUCAAAUGAUGAGCAUGUUAACCACGUCCAACAAUGCAUUAUCUUCCUCAAUUGGGUCGUCCGGCCAUUUAAGUCAGCAUCCACCUCCUCCAGUCAGUUCCGGAUCUCCUCACGUGGACAGUCCUGCCCCCGGCAACGAGUACACAGAGUCAUCCUCGUCCCUGAACGGUCCACCCACUUCGUCACCCGCUGGCAAUGCAAACAAUCACAAUGACCUGGUGGAUGCCAAUCAGUGGGCUUCCAAACAGAGCCAUUUGAGCUCGUGGAACAAUCAGUUUCAGCACAUGGUCCCACCUGGGACGACCAAAAUGGAAAUGAGCUCCUGGGGAGUGGAUCCCAGUGCCUCUGCGGGUUGCUACGGCCCAAUGAUGAAUGAAAUGUUCGGUCAGACAUUUGCUCCAGCUGCGGCGGGCGGCUUGACGUCUUAUCCAACUAUGGCUGCUUUGGCCGCCACUGCGGGCUCGGAGCUUGGAAACAAUAACCAGUACAAACAUAGACCAUGAAAACGUUCUUGUAUUAGUCAAUUUCUGUAUAGACGUGAAGGCAAUUACACGAGCACAAGAUAGAUCAUUCAAAUGUCACUAAGAAUCGCUUCCUUUCUGCGGCAUUCUUCAUUAAGGCUAUGCGGGUGAUAAUUGCUGUGGGUGUGGGUUCAAUGCCGAGGUUUGGGUUUGGUUAGGGACGGAGUUGCUUCGACUUUGGGGUCGUUGCAGGGCUCCUGGACCAUCCUCAUCUAAUCACUCGGCCUUGACCUUGGCCCAAUAUUAACCCCAUGGUCAAUA